AUGGAUUUAAAUGGUGCACUAUUCAGGGUCAAUCUUAAUUUACUUCCAACUGAGCAUUUGAGGACUCUUUUAAAGGCUUGUGGGAUAAAAUCUCUUACAACAUCACCUCGCCAACAGUUAAUAUUUAUGGUGCAAAUUAUUAGAAAUUAUUUACUUACAGGUAAUGAUGAAGUAUUAUCAUAUUCAAAGGAAAAUUCUAGGCAAAUAGAUCAUAAUUUUGAAAAUAUGAGCUUAAAUACCAUUAUAAGUGAUGAGACAUUGUCUAGAAGUAACAUAUGUAAAGCUAUAAAAAGUAAUGUAACUCUUUUUGAAAAUAUUCUAUUAAAUGAACAUGUUGGUUUAGAUGAUAUAAUAGAAACUUGUUCUACAUAUUUAAAAGUACCUAUAAAUAUAUUUAAGGACUCCAAUGUUAUUAAUAAGAUUCAAGAGAUUUUAAGUAUAGAUGGUAUUGAAAGUUAA